AUGGACUUGUUGAAGCAAUGGACCGAGCAAGCUAAAGAGGCCCUUACGGAAGCUCGUCAACUUUGUGGUGAUGCCUAUGAAUACAAUGAAGCUGCGAAAAACUGCCUGAAGAUCUCUGCUAAGCAGCAUCAACAACUAAGUGAAUUAGCAAAAUUAACAGCCUCGCAGUGCGCCAGACUCGACUCUUCUACUUCUUUGAUAAAGCAACUUUUAAAUCUCGUACAGAAUCAUCCAACAUUUGGGCAAUUGAACGAUCUCCAUGAUCGUUUAGAAAAGUCCUUGAAAAGACUUCGAGAAUGUGUUUUAGAUCCAGCUUUAGGAAGUGAAUAUCCUAAUCUCUAUUCGUUUGUCGAUGACACUUCUCUGGAAGAUUUGAAGACAAGGCUUCGGGGAGUCACAGAUGGUGUAUGGAAUGCGUAUGAAAAGCUCUCUGGAUUGUUGGAAGAAGACAUAUGUGAACAAUACCAUGUUCGCCUUGGAUCCAUUCCUUUGGACUUUUUACCUCCAGUAAAUAAUGAUUUAGCCGAAUCUUUGGCUGAUUUGCUUCUUCAGGUAGCACAACAUUUCGACCAGUGUUCUGAAGCUUUGACAAUAUAUGUUGGCCUUUCUGAUGUUGAAAAAAAAGAAUUGACUGAGAUUUUACGAAACGAUUCAAAUCAUGUUCCUGCCGUGCUGGAAGAUCUUCGAACUGGCCUUGAAGAAACGAAGGCUUACCAUUUGACUGUUUUGGAAUAUCAGCGCACAGUGGAUGCUAGUGCGAAAAGACUUGAGGAGCUUGCAGAAGAAUUAAACAAAAACCAGCUAACUAAUCGGCGUCAUGAAGCAGCACAUGAACUUAUGAGUGCUCACACUGGUUUGGAAAUACCCCAGCUAGCUCAAGAAUUGAUUCAACUAGAAAGGCACUAUAACCAUUUUGCUAAAGCAUAUCAUCUUCUUCUUCAAGAAAUACAUAGGCGGCAAGCUUACGAAAAACGGGUACGCUCUGUAGUCGAUAAUCUUGUGUAUAAACUAGAACAAGAGCAGCAGACUGAAACUAAAUCACGCAUCGAUUUUUGCACACAGUACGGUGAUUACUUGCCCCAAACAUUAUGGAAUGCAGUUACAGACCCACCUCUACAUUUCGAAAUAAUAGAGCAUCAGUAUACUGAGCUGCCAAAUGUAAAAAUACCUGCCGACAAAAAGGUAAAAAAAGACAAAACCAGCAACAACCAUUGA